GGCAGUGCAUCACUGAAACAAAGCACUAACUCAGAGUCAGGUCUCUGUCGGUGGAGGACGGAUCUGUAGAGUUUCAUACUUGAGGAGAUAAUGGGAAACAGUAGCACUUUGAAAGUGCUUUUCUUGCUGUGCCAAGUCCAGUGUUUAGAAUCUCUAGCCGCCGCAGGGAUCCAGCUACAAUGUUCAACAAACAACAGAAACAACUGCCCGAAUAAUGAAACACCAAAAAGGAACAAUCUUGAGAACACAACAGACUCCAGCAAUUCCCCCAUUAUUGAGUUUCCACUCGUGUCUGGCAGCUUUAGACGGAUGAAGAGAGACUGGGUUAUUCCUGCUAUUAAUUUUGCAGAAAAUGACAGGGGUCCGUACCCCAAGUUCAUGGUGAAGCUUAAGUCCAGUAAUGAUGAAAAAGUGGCCAUCACCUACAAGAUCAGUGGACCGGGGGCAGAUCAGCCCCCCGAGGGUGUUUUUACUGUCGACCGGCGAUCUGGGGCGAUGUAUGUGACCCAGCCACUGGACAGGGAGAAAAAGGCCAAAUACGCUCUGUGGGCUCAGGCGCUGAAUGAGGGACUGAAGGCUGAAGAGCCAAUGGAGCUGAUCAUCAACAUCAUUGAUCAGAAUGACAACGCUCCAGAAUUCACUGUGAACCCUCUUAUUGGCAGAGUGAGCGAAAGCGCUGAUGUUGGUGAAUCUAUUAUAAAGGUAACAGCAGUGGAUAAGGAUGAUCCAAACACAAACAAUGCCUUAAUCAGGUAUAGAAUAAUAACUCAGAUGCCGCAACUUCCCAAAGACGGCAUAUUUGCCAUAAAUCCAGUGAGUGGAAUGAUCAGUCUGCGGUCAGGUGGACUGGACAGAGAGACUCACCCAGAGUACAGCUUGAUCAUACAAGCUGCUGAUAUGGAAGGGGAGGGUUUAAGAGCCACCUGCACUGUUAUUAUUGUUGUAGCUGACAGCAACGAUAAUGCUCCAGAAUUCACAGUGAAAACUAUAUCCACAUCAGUCCCUGAGAAUGAAGUUGGAGUUGAGGUAGUCAGACUAAAGGUCACAGACAAGGAUGAGUUGGGAUCUCUGAACACCAACACUAAAUACUCACUCAUCAAAGGCAACAAAGGAGGAGAAUUCAGCAUCACUACAGGACCUAAUAAAAUGGACGGAAUCAUCACAACAGCAAAGGGGCUGGAUUUUGAGAGCAUCCCCGUCUUUACUCUGGUGGUGGUGGUGACUAAUGAAGCGCCGUUUACUGGACCGGUUUCUACAUCGACAGCCACGGUCACUGUAAGAGUCGUAGACGAAAACGAACCUCCUGUUUUCAGUCCAGCAGAAGUGCAUGUGAGCAUCUCAGAAGAUGUGAAAAUAGGCAGUUCUGUGGUUGACCUCAGAGCGAAGGACCCGGAUACAGCCAGGAAACAGACUGUCAGAUAUAAACUCUACAACGACACUGCCAGGUGGCUGAGUGCUGAUGUUAACACAGGAUCAGUUAAAGUUCAACGCAGCAUGGACAGAGAAUCACACCACGUCACAGACAGCAAAUACACAGUCCUCAUUUUGGCUUACGAUGAUGAUUACAAUCCAGCUACAGGCACAGGAACUCUGGUUGUAAGUUUAUUGGAUGUGAACGACCACCUUCCUGUGAUCAAGCAGAGAAAAGCCAGUCUAUGCAACAGCAACCCUUUUCCUGCCCUCCUGGACAUAGUGGACCUCGAUGGGCCAAGUUACUCCGGGCCGUUUACUGUGGAGCUUCAAGGAGAACACAGAAUCAACUGGACUGUCAGCACCAAUUCCACAAGUAACGUGGCAGCCCUGGCCCCCAAACGAGAAUUAUCUCCUGGGGACUAUUAUGUCCUGAUGCGCAUUUAUGAUGUUGGCAUGCUCUCCCAAGACAGUACAUUGUAUGUAGAGGUGUGCCAAUGUGAAGGAGCCGUCUCCUCCUGCUUCAUCCCACCUCCUGCCCCUCGGCUACUCAAUCCUUCUGUCACAACCUCAGCUCUGGGAGCAGUUUUUGGUGUUCUGUUGCUGCUUCUGCUUCUCUUGUUGUUGCUGAGAAGGAGGAAGAGGAAGAUGAGGAAGGAUGCUCUUCUCCUUGAAGAUCUGCCCAGAGAUAACAUCUGCUACUACGAUGAGGAGGGAGGAGGUGAAGAAGACCAGGACUAUGACCUCAGCCAACUCCACAGAGGGCUUGAUAACCGACCUGAAGUCUUCUGCACUGAUGUGUUUCCCACCGUCCAGAAUCGCCCAGGCUACCGGUUACAAAUCCAAGAUAAUGAGGAGAUUGGAAAAUUCAUUGAGGAUAACCUGUGUGCUGCAGGCAGUGACCCCACAGCUCCUCCUUAUGACUCCCUCCUGGUGUUUGACUAUGAAGGUGCAGGUUCUGAGGCGGAUUCUCUCAGCUCCAUCAACUCCUCAGACUCAGAUGAGGAGCAGGACUUUCAGAGUUUAGGUCAAUGGGGACCACGUUUCAGCAGAUUGGCUGACCUGUACACAGGAGGGAUAGAGGAGGAUGACGACUCUGAAACACUGCCAGGAAAAACAGAAUGGGUCUGACAUGCCCCUGCAUAUUAAUAAACCCUCUAAGUUUGUGUCCAUCUGCCCAAGAUCCUCGGAGUGCUGUGUGACCUCCUUCUGCUGCCUUCUGCGGCUUGUCAGAAUUUUCAGCACCAAGUUUUGCACCAGCUUGUUGCUGGAAUAUAAAGUGAAAAAUGACAUUUACAAGCCAAAUCAUAUUUAACAGUGUGUCCCUAUAGCCUGCUGAAUGCCAGUACUUUUAUAUAAUGUUUUUUUGUGGUUAUUGUGCAAGAGUAUUGUUUGACAUGUUUCAGGUCGAACCCUUAGGACACAAAUAAAUGUUUCAUUCCAUAAUGAGCAGCAGUUUUGGUCACGUAUGUAAUUUGAAUUCUAAAUUAUGCUUUUUAAAAAAAAAAAAAUUAGGCCAAGAUGACACUAGUUAAGUAAGUGAUGAAGUUUGUACUCUGUUAGAGCAGGCAGCUCUUUAUAUUGGUAGUGGAGCUUAUAGUUGAACUAUACUAUCAUCACAGCAUCCAUGAAGAGGUUAUCUCAAAAAUAAAUUCCACAUAAUGAAA